AUGCAACGCAGUCUUCCUAUGCAACCGACCGUAGUCCUCCUCAAGGAGGGUACGGAUACCUCCCAAGGGAAACCUCAGCUCUUGUCGAAUAUUUCAGCAAUUCUAGCAAUCGCGGAAACCCUUGCAAGUACUCUCGGUCCGCGAGGUAUGGACAAGUUGAUAGUUUCAGAACGUGGGGAGGCCCAAAUUACCAAUGAUGGCGCAACAAUCAUGAAGUUACUGGACAUUGUACAUCCUGCCGCUCGAACGUUGGUAGAUAUUGCUCGAGCCCAAGAUGCUGAGGUUGGAGACGGGACGACCAGCGUAGUAUUGCUUGCUGCACAGAUGCUGAAGGAGGUUCGCGGAUAUAUCGAAGAGGGCGUCAGCCCGCAGAUCAUUAUGAAGGGUUUCCGCCAGGCAGCACAACUGGCUAUUGAUCGGAUAAAAGCCAUUGAAAUCACAGUCGACAGGUCGAAUCCCGAGCGAUUCCGCUCGUUACUGCUCAAAUGUGCUUCAACAUCGAUGUCUUCAAAGUUGAUUCAUUCUGAAAAACCCUUUUUCUCAAAAAUGGUCGUUGAUGCCGUACAGUGCCUUGACCAGGAAGAUUUAGAUGAAUCGCUUAUUGGUGUGAAGAAGAUCCCCGGCGGUGGCAUGCAAGAUUCUCUCUUAAUUCAGGGUGUUGCCUUUAAAAAGACAUUCACAUAUGCUGGAGCAGAACAACAACCCAAGUCCUUCCACAAUCCUCUGAUUCUUAGUCUGAACGUAGAGCUUGAGCUCAAAGCCGAAAAGGAUAACGCUGAAGUUCGAGUUGAAGCUGUCUCCGACUACCAGGCCAUCGUUGACGCCGAAUGGGAGAUCAUUUAUCGAAAGCUGGAGGCAAUUGAAAAGACAGGCGCGAAAGUUGUUCUCAGUAAGCUACCCAUUGGGGACCUCGCUACUCAAUGGUUCGCGGAUCGGGAUAUAUUCUGUGCUGGCCGUGUGCCCGCCGGUGAUCUACAGCGCGUAGUACAAGCCGUCGGUGGCUCCAUCCAGUCCACUUGCUCAGAUAUCCGUCGCGAGCACCUUGGGACUUGCGGGACCUUCGACGAACGGCAAAUGGGCGGCGAACGAUACAAUGUCUUCGAGGAAUGUCCGAAAGCCAAGACAUGCACUCUGUUACUUCGCGGUGGCGCGGAACAAUUUAUUGAAGAAGUUGAACGUAGUCUGCACGACGCCAUCAUGGUCGUCAAGAGAGCUGUGAAGAAUGGCGAAGUCGUUGCAGGUGGAGGCGCAAUUGAGAUGGACCUGUCUGCACACAUUCGGAAACACGCCCUGUCCAUUCCUGGGAAAUUGCAGCUUGUUAUGAUCGCAUUUGCAAAAGCUCUAGAGAUCAUUCCCCGACAGAUCUGUGACAAUGCAGGUUUGGAUUCAACGGACGUCCUCAAUAAACUUCGUAUGAAACACGCAAACGGUGAGAAGUGGUAUGGGGUCGAUGUUGAUGGCGUGGAGGGGGUCCGAGACAACAUGGAAGCCUUUGUCUGGGAGCCCAGCCUCGUCAAGGUCAAUGCGAUCGGUAGUGCUGCCGAGGCUGCGUGUCUAAUUCUUAGCGUGGACGAGACGGUCCGCGGGCCGCAGAGUGAAGCACCCAACCCUGGUCCGAGAGCGCCCCCAGGCGCUACACAACGCGCUCUCCGAGGAAGAGGCCGCGGGAUGCCUAGGCGGUGA